CCCCCAGACGGUGGUGAUACUCGGUAUGUAGGCAAAUUUGGUUUCCUUCCCCAUUCCGGAAGCGAUGCCGCUGGGGGAUUUGCAACGGCGCUGAGAGGCGCUUAUGGCAGCCGGAGUGGGUCAAAAGAGUCGAUGGUGGAUCGGAAAGUAAAAAGAGUUUAAAGGGGUCCUCCUGUGUUUUCGCCUCGUUGUGACUCCGUCGCCCUUGUAGCAGAAAUUAGCUUCUCUCGAGACAGUGAUGGCUUUUCAUUUUGAAUCUGAAUAUGGAAGCCACAGGGACAGAUGAAGUAGAGAAAAUAAAAUCAAAGUUUAUGUCUGCGUGGCACAAUAUGAAAUACAGCUGGGUGUUGAAAACAAAAACUUACUUCAGCAGAAAUUCUCCUGUCUUUUUGCUGGGAAAAUGUUACCAUUUCCAGACUGAUGAGUCAAGUGAAAUGUCACCAAAUGGGUCACAUUAUGAUAUACCAGGCGAAGGGAUUUCAAGAAAUGUUGAAGAGUUCCGUAAAGACUUUAUUUCUAGAAUAUGGCUAACAUACAGAGAAGAAUUUCCUCAAAUCAAGGGCUCAGCUUUAACAACAGACUGUGGCUGGGGUUGUACCCUCAGGACUGGCCAGAUGCUUCUAGCACAAGGGCUUAUUCUUCACUUUCUUGGUAGAGACUGGACAUGGCCAGAUGCGUUUGUCACUGAAAAUUCAGACUCUGAAUCGUGGACAAGUCACACAGUAAAAAAGCUCACUGAAUCACUUGAAGCAUCACGAACAGAGGGGAGAGAAUUCAAGAAUCAGUCAAGCCACUGCAAGCAAACCCCCAAGGUGGACUGGGGGAGCAGAGAAAGGAGGGAUGAACACUGUCAUCGAAAAAUAAUAUCUUGGUUUGGCGAUUCUCCACUUGCAAAUUUUAGCUUGCAUCGCCUGAUAGAAUAUGGAAACAAGUCAGGAAAAAUAGCUGGAGACUGGUAUGGGCCAGGUGUUGUAGCACACCUUUUGAGAAAAGCUGUUGAAGAGGCAAAUGACCUUGAGUUACAAGGAAUAACUGUCUAUGUUGCUCAAGAUUGUACAGUUUACAAGUCCGAUGUUAUUGAUACACAGUGCUGUUUCAUGGAGUCUGAAAAAUUGGAUAGCAAAUCUGUAAUUAUAUUAAUUCCUGUGAGGCUGGGUGGAGAAAGAACCAACAUGGAAUAUCUGGAGUUUGUGAAGGGAAUUUUGAGUCUUGAAUACUGCAUUGGUAUUAUUGGUGGGAAACCUAAGCAGUCAUACUACUUUGCUGGAUUUCAAGAUGACAGUUUGAUUUACAUGGAUCCUCAUUACUGCCAGUCUUUUGUAGAUGUCAGCGUAAAGGAUUUCCCCCUCGAGUCAUUCCACUGCCCUUCUCCAAAGAAGAUGCCUUUUAAAAAAAUGGAUCCUAGCUGCACAAUAGGGUUAUAUUGUCAAAACGUGCAAGCCUUUGAAAAGGCUUCUGAAGAGAUAACUAAGAUUCUGAAAUCCUCAUCUAAGGAGAACUAUCCCUUGUUUACUUUUGUAAAUGGACAUUCUAGAGACUAUGAUUUUGUGAUGAGUCCAGUCCUGGAAGAGAGAACAGUUUUCUCUGAAGAUGAAAACAAAAAGUUGAAAUGUUUUACCACUGAUGACUUUGUCUUGUUAUAAGAGCAUUUUAUUGUAUUUAUUCAUUUAAAAUAUUUAUCCUCCAUCUUUCCAUGUAUCAGGAUCAACAGCAAGGCUUAACAUUUAAUAUUAAAACAACAGAUAAAUCAAUUAAGCAUCUUAAGCAAAAGCACCAAUCCACAGAGAGAUAGUGAUAGAGCAAUAAAAGUAUCAAGGUCAACAAUUAAUAAUCAGUUUUCCAAAUGCUUUUUAACCGUUUUCCGAAUCCUAGCAAGUAAGGCGGGGCAAUGACUCUCCUCUUGAGAUGUACCACUAUGGAGAAGGGCCUGCUUUGCAUAGCUGCUUCCAACAAUUCACAUGGCAAGGGAGUCAGAACAGAGUCCCCAACAGUGAGUCAAAUCAAGCCUUCCAAGAUGGUGGCUGCCAUCACAUGAGCAGAGAAUUCCAGCUGCUGAAAAUUCAAGCCCAAACUAGCAUGUUUUACCAAUCUGAAUCACCUGAUGGAGACGUAGAAAGGAGCAGGAAGGUCCCUCUCCCACUCCAUCCGAAAUUAUGUAUCAAAUGGUAGCAUAUGUGCAUAAAAAUUGAUAUUUAUCCAUCGAAGGCUUCUGAGAGAUGCUCCUCUGUAAAGAGCUCAUAGAAUGGACAGCAGCUCCAUACACUUUUGUUCUCCGGAGUUUCCUGUGGCCAGAACCAUCUCACAGCACAGAAAUGGGGAGGGGCCCCAUAUGCCAGCAUUUAGGCUUGGGGAGUGCUCUUCCGUUUGUUCUACAUUAAACAGAUUUUGGUGAUAAGCAGCAUGCUGUAGCCCUCACACUGGCCUUUGCUUGCCAGCUGGUGGGUCAAGAAGGUGCCCAGGCUCCCUGACACUUGCUUGGGCAAGUAUCUGUAGGCAAUUGUGGCAAUAGCUUUGCAGCUUUGGACAGUUUUUCUUAGCAUAGUGCACCUGCAGUGGCACAACAGAUGGCCUUCUUUGUAGCAGAUGUGUAUUCCUGGGUGUACAUCUGGGUGUUGAGCUUGAUGGGACGCAUUACCCUUGAUGUAUGUGAAGUCUUGGUGUACUUUCUUGCCCUGUAUGUAAAUGAUGGCAGCCACAUCUGUGAAGGCUUUGUCGGUCUGGCCUCAGCAGCUGUCCUCUAGAGGGUUGGGCAUGUGCACCAAGCUGGCCAUCAUUAUAUAGUCCGCCCGCUGUGCAGCUCUGGCUGUAGAGUACUGGUUGAAUGCUAAGAUAACAAUUUACCCUUGAAAAACAGCUUUAUGUUCUUUAAGUUUCAAAUUCUGCUACAUGAGAGGUUUUUUUUUAAAGCAUCCUGUGUAAAUGGAUUGUUUUCUUUGAUAGUGGAUGAAUAUAAUGAAAUAUUGUGCUGGUAAAUUAUUGUUCCAAUUCAGAUAUAGUGAAAUGCUGAAGAUGAUGAUGUUCCAAACUUGCUGUCUCAGAUGCUUUAUAGUAUGUUGUGUAGUCUGUAACCAUUCCAGAUUCAAAUUAUUUCUUGACAUUGAACUUUGAUUCGGUCAGCCAUCGUUCAACCCACUAAAAGGCAGACAGACAUGUGAAGUAACUUAUAUGAUGAGUUUGCAACAUGGAAUCAAAUCCGUUGAGAACCAGUACUUAAGGACCUAGCUUAAAGUGGAUAAAGAGCCAGCAAAUAAAACUAUUAAUGUUCCUCUGCCUGAACCCCCAUAAUAUUUAAUAAUGUAAUCAUGAGAUGCCACUUCCAGUGUGCAUCUUGCUCAGAUGUAUCUCUACUUUUUUAACAGUAAUACUGAUGCAAUUAUGUAAGCUGAGCAGUGAGUUAAGGUGCUGCUUAGCAAUAUGACCUUAUAAUGACUACUCAUUAAGAUUGUAAUGGAACCUUAAUAAGAAGAGGUAAUACAGUAUUGGCUUCCCCCACAAUUUGAAAAGGUAUGUUACCAAUAUUAAACUGCAACCAAUCAUAGUAGACAAAAACAAUUAUUACAUGGGAGCUGUGUUUUGUUUCCUACCUUCAAAUAUAAUUUGGAUCCCUAUAAUCUUAACACUACAUCAUGUCAAUCAAAGCCUAUAAGUGUAGGGUGGGAAGGUAACAGCAAAUAGGCAUGGGAAUGAUGAUCUGGUUUCUGGUACCUCUAGCCGCUGUACGUUUACAAGUACCAAUCACUUAACAUGUAAAUCUCUAACAGCAGGCUUAAUUUCAGCACAUCAUAUUUUAAAUGCACACAAACUGUAUGAGGAAGAAAACUGUUGCUUUAUUAAAUGUGAAAAUAUUAAAUGCUCAUGCCUUGAUUUUAAAGAUGUAUUUUUCUUUCUGGGAUCAUUUCUUUCCACUGUCUAAAGAAAUAAGUUGUGUAAAAUAUUCUGGUUAUUUGUUCUAUUUGUUUUGAACCAACAUUCUGCUAUAGUGGUCUUGACUGAAUAAUAAAUUUCCUGUGCCACCUCCUUAUGAGAAUGACAAAAGGAUAGUUUAUAGGCACAGCAGAAAACUUGUCUGAAAUUACGCCUAAAGCAGCUAAAUGAGAAACUUGCAAGCAGAAUGAUGGCUUAUUCACUGGCAUAGCUAACAGUAUUUUGGAAGUCAUGCAGCUCAAUCCUACAUGAAAGCAAGUUCCAUUGUGUUCAGUGUAGCUUACUCUCUAGUAAGUAGUAAGCACAUCUAAUGCAUAAACUUUGAAUUGGUAUAUGACAAUAAUUGUAGUAUAUUAAUUGUAGUAUGUUUGUAUGCACAGCUGUAUAUUCUUCACCUAACAGUACAAAAGAUCAUUUGUGCAUUUCUGCCUACAUCUAUGCUUCUAAACUACCAAAUUUACUCACAUUCCAUUUAUCUUAUUUUAUACCUUUAGCUGCUUUUUAAUUUUUUUAAAAGAAUGAACUUACCUUUUGCCAUUUGACAAGCCCCAAAUAGAACUUAACUAGAUAGCAAUUAUGCAGAUGGGAAAUUCUCUAUGACAAAUCAAUAAAAAAUUUAACUUUGGUCUUGAAAGUGA